GGCGCCGCACUGACUGGGAUAUGUGCUGCAUUCACAACCGGGACGCAUUCCAUCUAUCUCUGUUUUCACUCUUCAUGCCGGGAAAUCCGGAUAAAUAUUAUGCACCUAACAUGUGUUACUGCUGUAAGCGAUGUUACUCCCAAUGGCUGUCAGCGGUAAACUUAAUGUAGCAGGCGUUCAAAGAAGCACAGGCACUAUAGUAUGAAAGGUGUUAUAUUACGCCAACUGUAUUAUUAGUUGAAGGGAUGCCAUCGGAGAAUUACAAAGCUGUAGGACAUUUUGUUUGGUUGUCAACAGAAUGACAACAUAACGGCAAUUCCGCUUGUAAAUAUCAGCAGAUUUUUGGAAUUUCUUCAUGUUCCUGACCGAGUCCAAAGGGUGUGACUCAUGAUUAGUGAAACAAUGCUGCUUCUUCAGCGUCUUCGUCCAUUCCAGAGGCCUCCCUUCUCUGCCCCAUGGAGGACACUAUGCCUUACAACUUCCUCUAACCAGCAGCCUAACUCACGCCAGGGCUCCUUCUCCACAGAAACACGUCUGAAUCCCCUCAACAUCCAGAUGCUGUCCCAUAACCUUCAGGAGCAGAUAUUCCGCGGCAUGAAGCCGGAUUAUGAGGAAGAGAAAGUGAACCGGAGCAUCAGGCACCUGCAGAGGCACCAGUUAUGGGGGAAAGAGACCUCCCUGCUGCCUGAAGUCGAGUUGAAGCUGCCCCCCAUGUAUGGGGAGGACAUUGAUGGCCACUUUCGCCUCCUGGCUCAAAAGCAGAGUCUGCCCUACCUGGAGGCUGCCAGUAAGCUCCAGCAGGCCUUGCUACCCCCCAUGCCACAGGACUGGGUGUGGGAGGUGGGCUGGACGCGGUACGGGCCCAACGGGGAGUCCAGACGGGUGGACUUCCCGGACGAGGCUGGCCUGGUGUUUGACGUGGAAGUGUGCAUGUCAGAGGGACACUGUCCCACCCUGGCUGUGGCUGUGUCCCCCACUGCUUGGUACUCUUGGUGCAGCAAGCGCCUCAUAGAAGAGAGAUACUCCUGGUCCAGCCAGCUGACCCCUGCUGACCUCAUCCCUAUGGAGACAUCUGCCAACACCAGUCGCCCGCCGGGGAAUCAUUGGAGCGAGAGGCUGAUCGUGGGACACAAUGUCAGCUUUGACCGGUCUUACAUUAAAGAGCAGUACCUGCUGAAGGGUUCCAAGGCUCGUUUCUUGGACACCAUGAGUCUCCACAUGGCCAUAUCUGGUCUGACUGGGUUCCAGCGUACUCUGUGGAUGGCCAGCAAGCAGGGCAAAAAACGGGGCCUCCAAGAGGUCAAAGAGCACAUGAAGAAAAUGAGCCGGCCUGGGCGGAAGGAUGGGCCUAUGAUUGGAUCGUGGGACUGGGUGCAUAUCAGCAGCAUCAACAACCUGGCUGAUGUGCAUGCUCUGUACGUGGGAGGGGAGCCGCUGCGGAAGGAGGCCAGAGACGUCUUUGUCAAAGGCAAAAUGGCCGACGUCAGAGACAACUUCCAGGAGCUGAUGCAGUACUGUGCUUUGGAUGUCCUUGCGACUCACCAGGUGUUCUCUGAGCAGCUGCCCCUGUUCAUGGAGAGGUGCCCCCAUCCAGUGACGUUUGCGGGGAUGCUGGAAAUGGGUGGGUGUUACUUGCCUGUCAAUCAGAACUGGGGGAGGUACUUGGAAGACUCCCAGGACACGUUUGAGGAGCUUCAGAGAGAGAUGAAGAAAAGCCUAAUGAGUCUUGCUGAUGAUGCUUGUCAACUUCUGGAAGGUGAAAGGUAUAAAGAGGACCCCUGGCUUUGGGAUCUGGAAUGGGACAUCCAGGAGUUUAAGCAGAAGAAGGUGACCAUCAGCAAGAGAAAACACUCCAAGAAUGAUGCUGAGCCAGUAUCCAGCACCCCACUGAAAGACUGGGAUCAGGACCCUGGUCCCCCCACGGAGGAGGAGAUGGCAGGGCCGUGCCCCAGUAGAGAGGCUCUGAAGACCCUCCAAGAGAAUGUCAGCCGGCUGCCAAAAAGGAGACAGCACCUGCCUGGGCAUCCUGGGUGGUAUCGUAAGUUGUGUGUGAAGAUGUCUGAGGAGAAAAGCUGGUUGCCCGGCGCCAGCCUGCUCAGCCUGGCAAUGCGGGUGACUCCCAAGCUGAUGGGGCUGACGUGGGAUGGCUUCCCCCUGCACUACACGGAGCAGCACGGCUGGGGCUACCUGGUGCCUGGCCGCAAGGACAACCUGACCGAGUCCCCCGGAGAGGGGCAGCAUGCCACAGGGCCCACGUGCCCUCACUGGGCUAUAGAGUGUGUGUACAGGGAGUACUGUGAGCAGAAGGGUAAAGAGCAGCCUAGUUGUCUGGACAACGGCCUCUCUGAUGACCUCAUGCUCACAGACAGUGCAUUGUGGCAGACGGUGGAGCAGUUGAGUCAGAUGGAGUGUGUGUCAGAGGAUGCGAACAAUGGCAGGGUGACCAAGAGCCACAGAAAAAAGGAAAUGGAGGAUAUGUAUUCUGUACCAGAUGAGAGUCAAUGCCCCUAUCACCAUGGAAAUGGACCCUACAACAAUGUGAACAUUCCAGGCUGCUGGUUUUUCAAACUCCCUCACAAGGAUGGAAAUGACAACAAUGUGGGCAGCCCAUUCUCCAAGGACUUCCUGUCCAAGAUGGAGGACGGCACUCUGCGGGCAGGGCGUGAGGGAACCAAUGCCACCCGAGCUCUGGAGAUCAACAAGAUGAUUUCCUUCUGGAGGAAUGCCCACAAACGCAUCAGCUCCCAGAAGGUGGUGUGGCUGAGGAAAGGGGAGCUGCCUCGCUCUGUCAGCAGGCAUGAAGAGUAUGACGAGGAGGGGCAGUAUGGCGCCAUCUUGCCCCAGGUCAUCACGGCGGGAACAGUCACCCGAAGGGCUGUGGAGCCAACCUGGCUGACUGCUAGCAACGCUCGGCGGGACAGAGUGGGCAGUGAGCUGAAGGCCAUGGUACAGGUGCCCCCUGGGUACCACCUGGUAGGGGCGGAUGUGGACUCUCAAGAGCUGUGGAUCGCUGCUGUGCUAGGGGAGGCUCACUUCGCUGGCAUACACGGCUGUACAGCAUUUGGAUGGAUGACCCUGCAGGGCAAGAAAAGCCAAAGCACUGACCUGCACAGCCGCACCGCUGAAACGGUGGGCAUCAGCCGUGAGCAUGCCAAGGUCUUCAACUAUGGACGCAUCUAUGGCGCUGGACAGCCCUUUGCUGAGCGCCUUCUCAUGCAGUUUAACCACCGCCUCAGCCAGCAAGAGGCUGCCAGUAAGGCCCGACAGAUGUAUAGCCUUACCAAGGGCCUGCGCAGGUACCUUCUAUCUGAAGAAGGGGAGUGGCUGGUGAAGGAGCUGGGUGUAGAGGUGGAGAGGGAUGAGCAUGGGAGUGUAUCUCUACAGGAGCUCCGCAGGAUAGCCAGACUGGCCUCCCAGAGUUCUCGGAGGGGGAAAUGGGACGUGGCAGGCCAGCGUCUGUGGGCUGGAGGUACGGAGUCCGAGAUGUUUAACAAGCUGGAGAGCAUUGCCCAUUCAGCCCAGCCAGCCACUCCCGUCCUGGGCUGCAGGAUAAGCAGAGCCCUGGAGCCCCAGGCUGCCAAGAACGAGUUCAUCACCAGCAGAGUGAACUGGGUGGUGCAGAGCUCGGCUGUGGACUACCUCCACCUGAUGCUGGUGGCCAUGCGCUGGCUGAUGGAGCAGUACGACAUCGACGGACGCUUCUGUAUCAGCAUCCACGACGAGGUCCGCUACCUGGUCCGCAGUGAAGACCGCUACCGGGCAGCGCUGGCCCUGCAGAUCACCAACCUGCUCACACGGUGUAUGUUUGCUCAUGCACUGGGCAUGCAGGACCUGCCCCAGUCCGUGGCCUUCUUCAGUGCCGUGGACGUUGACCAGUGUCUGAGGAAGGAGGUGACUAUGGACUGUGUGACUCCUUCCAACCCCACAGGGCUGGAGCGCAGAUAUGGCCUUCCGCCGGGUGAGGCUCUGGAUAUAUACCAACUCAUUGACAUCACCAGAGGCUCUCUGGUGAAAGGGAGAUAACAGCAUGUACCAGUCCUUGAUGU